AUGAUGAACGGGUACGACGAGAAAAGCCGCUACGGCGACGAGCCAGAGCCCGGGAGCUUUGCGCGGGCCUUUGAUGCUUUCCCUAACAUGCGCCAUCCACCAGCAAAAUCCAAACCCCAAUACGUUACGCGCACGUCCGGCGGCGGCAAGUGGACGGUCGCCAUAACUAUAAUAACGAUCCUGUUGCUAUGGUCGGAGCUGGGGCGGUGGUGGCAGGGCGCUGAGGACCACACGUUCUCGGUCGAGAAGGGCGUCGGGCACAGCAUGCAGAUCAAUCUCGACAUCGUGCUGAAGAUGAAGUGCAAGGACCUACACGUCAACGUACAGGACGCUGCGGGCGACCGUAUUCUGGCCGCCUCGCGCCUGAAGGAGGACCCUACCGCAUGGUCGCAAUGGGUCGACGGCAAGGGCGUCCACAAGCUUGGCAAGGAUAGUAAUGGCCGCGCUGUCACUGGCGCUGGUUGGCACGACGAAGGCUUCGGCGAGGAGCACGUCCACGACAUUGUCGCCAUGGGCCGCAAGAAGGCCCGCUGGGGCAAGACUCCCCGGCUUUGGGGUAACAAGCCCGACAGCUGUCGUAUCUACGGCAGCUUGGAUCUGAACAAGGUCCAGGGCGAUUUCCACAUCACCGCGAGAGGCCACGGAUAUGCUGAGUACGGCGAACACCUGGACCACAACUCCUUCAACUUCUCGCACGUCAUCUCGGAGCUCUCCUUCGGGCCCUACUACCCGUCCCUCGUUAACCCGCUCGACCGCACUAUCAACCUGGCUGAGGCGCACUUCCACAAGUUCCAGUACUUCAUGUCGGUGGUGCCGACGGUGUACAGCGUCGACGGGUCCGUGUCGCGUACCAUCUUCACGAAUCAGUACGCCGUGACGGAGCAGAGCAAGGAGGUCGGCGAGCGCAUGGUCCCGGGCCUUUUCUUCAAGUACGACAUCGAGCCCAUCCUGCUGACCAUCGAGGAGCGCCGUGACAGCUUCCUGACCUUCAUCGUCAAGAUCGUCAACAUUCUAAGCGGCGUGCUGGUUGCCGGCCACUGGGGCUUCACGCUCACUGAUUGGGUGCGCGAGGUCGUCGGCCGGCAGCGGCGGAAGCAGCCGGAAGGCUUCAUUGGCACCAAGACGGGCUUUGACGAGUGA